GGGAAGUGGAGAGCAAGUUGAGAAAGUGUGCAGUUUGGAUGGAGCAUCAGCUGGUGACCCUCAGGCACCAGGGUCUCCUGUGCCAGGCCUGGGCUCACAGAUGUGGUCUGUGGUCUGGGCUCCAGAAGAUGAUGCACGUCUAGUCACUCUUGUUGAUAACCAUCUCUACUAUUGGGAUGUUCAGGCAGCAGGGAAGUCUGCUAAGGUAGUUGGGGAAGUGACUGUGGAAGGCAGAGGGAGUGUGAGUCUGGGGUCUGGCCGGUGGUAUCCUCACCAACAAGGUUCUCAGAUUGCUGCUACUCAUGGGUCCUCUGUGAGGGCAUGGGAUCUAAGAUCAAUGAAAUCCUCUUGGUGUGUUGAAGGAGCACAUAUGCAAUUAGUUAGAGACCUUGAUUUUAAUCCCAACAUGCAGUAUUACUUGGCCACUUGUGGUGAUGACUGCAAAACAAAGUUCUGGGAUAUCAGGAACACAGAACAACCUCUCAAGGAACUGAGUGAUCAUUCUCAUUGGGUGUGGAGUGUGCGGUACAAUGCAUCAUAUGACCAGUUGGUGUUAACCUGUUCCAGCGACCAACGGGUCAUCCUCUCAAACUUGCCGUCUAUUGCCUCACAGCCUUUUGGUACCAUGGUCGACCAAGAGGAAAGUAAAGAGGAAAAAGAAAAGGCUGAGGGAGCUGAGGAAGGAGUUAUCCAAACUUACGAUGAUCAUGAGGACUCUGUAUAUGCGGUGGAAUGGUCUGCUGCAGAUUUCUGGACAUUUGCCUCUCUAAGCUAUGAUGGCCGUCUUGUAAUUAACAAAGUACCAAGAAGCGUUAAGUACAAACAAUUUAUGUAAUUAGCUGAAGGUUGACACUGUUUUGAAAAGUCAUUCCAAUAAAGGAAAAUCUAAUGUAUCAAAAUUGUGCAAGAUUAAGGUAAGUUUAUGGCAUAUAGUAAUAUGUUAUGCAGGAUAUUGCAUAUAAGAAUAUAUGUAUAGGAAAAAGGUCAUAUUUGCCUGAAAAAUUAUGUUCAUGUUAUUUUUUAAAUGAUAAAACAACCCAAAAAUAUUUACAGUUACCUUUAUUGAUUUUAAGUUGUAAAAUGAUAAUAUACUGUAAAUACAGAUAGAAAACUUUCAUAAGUAAAAAUGCACAGAUAUUUAAUAAAAUUUAUUAGCAAA